AUGUCUAUGCUGCCCCAAGAGGUCCACACCGCGCUAUCCCAGCUGCUGCGCGCACUGAGUACCCCCGACAAUGCUGUUCGAUCCCAGGCCGAGGAGCAGUUGAACAAUGACUGGGUACAGAAUAAGCCCGACAUUCUGUUGAUGGGACUGGCGGAGCAAAUUGCUGGGGCCGAGGAUACAUUAACCCGUGCUUUCUCCGCUGUGCUUUUCCGAAGAAUUUCUACCAAGACCCGCAAAGACCCUAUCUCUGGCGACGUCAAAGAGGUGUUCCUAAGCCUACCUAACGAACAACGCAUCGCCAUCCGCGAAAAACUGGUGACAUGUCUGACCACCGAAUCGGUCACUGAUGUGCGCAAGAAGGUUGGAGACGCAGUGGCUGAGGUUGCCCGCCAAUACACCGAUAACGGCGAGCAAUGGCCCGAACUCUUAAGUGUUCUCUUCCAGGCUAGCCAGUCCCCCGAGGCUGGUCUUCGAGAGACUGCGUUCCGCAUUUUCACAACUACUCCUGGAAUCAUCGAAAAGCAGCACGAGGAAGCCGUCGUCGCUGUCUUCACCAAGGGCUUUGAGGAUGAGAAUAUUUCCGUGCGGAUUGCUGCUAUGGAUGCAUUUGCCUCGUUGUUCCGAUCCAUCGACAAGAAAUCACAAGCCAAAUUCUUCUCCCUCAUGCCCGCUCUUCUCAACAUCCUCCCCCCUCUCAAGGAAUCAAGCGAGAGUGAAGAGCUCUCCUCAGCCUUUCUAGCUCUUAUUGAGCUUGCCGAAAUCAGCCCCCGGAUGUUCAAGUCUUCAUUCAGCGACCUCGUCAAAUUCAGCAUCAGCGUCAUUGCCGACAAGGAGCUCAGCGACCAAGUCCGCCAGAACGCGCUGGAGUUAAUGGCGACUUUUGCUGAUUACGCACCAAACAUGUGCAAGAAGGAGCCAAACUUCGCGAAAGAGAUGGUUACUCAAUGUCUGAGCUUGAUGACUGACGUGGGUGCUGAUGACGAUGAUGCAGAGGAGUGGAAUGCCUCUGAAGAUCUCGAACCGGAGGAGAGUGACCUCAACCACAUCGCUGGUGAACAGUGCAUGGAUCGCCUGGCUAACAAGCUUGGCGGCCAAGCUAUCCUCCAACCUGCCUUCUCAUGGAUUCCCCGCAUGAUGUCUUCGUCCGCGUGGCGCGAUCGUCACGCUGCUCUGAUGGCAAUCUCUGCCAUCUCGGAAGGUUGCCGCGAGCUGAUGAUUAAUGAGCUUGACCAGGUGCUUGCUCUUGUCGUCCCAGCUCUGCGUGACCCGCAUCCCCGUGUUCGCUAUGCCGGAUGCAACGCCCUUGGUCAAAUGAGCACCGACUUCGCUGGUAUCAUGCAGGAGAAAUACCACGGCAUUGUUCUCAACAAUAUCAUCCCCGUGCUCAGCUCAACAGAACCUCGUGUCCAGUCUCAUGCUGCUGCUGCUCUUGUCAACUUCUGUGAAGAGGCGGAGCGUAGUAUUCUGGAGCCUUAUCUCGGCGACCUCCUGAGCCGCCUUCUGGAACUCCUGCGCAGCCCCAAGCGCUAUCUCCAGGAACAGGCUUUAUCUACCAUUGCCACAAUUGCCGAUUCUGCCGAAACCGCGUUCGGCCAGUAUUACGACACUCUCAUGCCACUGCUCCUUAACGUGCUCAAACAGGAGCAAGGCAAGGAGUACCGCUUGCUUCGUGCCAAGGCUAUGGAGUGUGCGACCUUGAUUGCCUUGGCCGUUGGCAAGGAGAAGAUGGGUGCCGAUGCUUUGAACCUUGUCAAUAUCCUUGGACACAUUCAACAGAAUAUCGUUGACGCUGACGACCCGCAGUCGCAGUAUCUCCUUCACUGUUGGGGCCGCAUGUGUCGUGUCCUUGGCCGUGACUUCGUGCCUUACCUUCCCGGUGUUAUGCCCCCUCUUCUGACAGUAGCGGCUGCGAAGGCUGAUAUUCAGCUGCUUGAUGAUGAGGACCAGAUUGAGGCAGUUGAGCAGGAUGAGGGCUGGGAGUUGGUGCCGCUGAAGGGCAAGGUGAUUGGUAUUAAGACCAGCGCCUUGGAGGAUAAGAACACUGCCAUUGAGCUUAUCACCAUUUAUGCUCAGAUCCUCGAGGAGGCCUUUGAGCCUUACGUCCUUGAGACCAUGGAAAAGAUCGCGAUCCCUGGAUUGGCAUUCUUCUUCCAUGACCCUGUUCGUGUUUCUGCUGCGAAGCUGAUCCCCCAACUCCUGAAUUCGUUCAAGAAGGCUCACGGAGGCACCUCCGCUGGCUUCGCCGAGAUGUGGAACAAGGUUGCCGAGAAGAUCAUUGAAGUGUUGAGCGCUGAGCCCACUGUCGAUACCCUGGCGGAGAUGUAUCAAUGCUUCUAUGAGUCUGUCGAAGUCGUGGGCGCCAACAGUCUUACCCCACAGCACAUGCAGGCGUUCAUCGAAUCCGCCAAGUCCACCCUUGAGGAUUAUCAGAUGCGUGUGAAGCAGCGAUUAGAGGAGCAGGCCGAACUCGAGGAUGGCGAUGAAGAGAAUCUCGACUACGAGUAUGCUAUCGAGGAUGACCAGAAUUUGCUCAGUGACAUGAACAAGGCAUUCCACACCAUUUUCAAAAACCAGGGUACUACAUUCCUGCCUGCUUGGCAACAGUUGAUGCAAUUCUACGACAAUUUCAUCACCAGUCAAGAUCCCACUCAGCGGCAAUGGGCUCUAUGCAUCAUGGAUGAUGUUCUGGAAUUCUGUUCGGCUGAAUCCUGGGCCUACAAGGACCACAUCAUGCAGCCCCUCGCUGCUGGCUUGCAAGAUGAGAAUGCCGCUAAUCGCCAGGCUGCCGCUUACGGUGUGGGUGUUGCUGCACAGAAAGGUGGAGCUGUUUGGGCCGACUUCGUGGGUGCCAGCAUCCCAAGCCUGUUCCAAGUGACUCAGCACCCGCAAAACCGCACUGAAGAGCACGUCUUUGCCACUGAGAAUGCCUCUGCCAGCAUUGCGAAGAUCUUGCACUUCAACUCAUCCAAAGUCCAGAACGCCCAGGAGAUCGUGAACAGCUGGAUUGAUACUUUGCCCAUCAUAAAUGACGAAGAGGCUGCCCCAUAUGCCUACUCUUUCAUCGUCCAGUUGAUUGAGCAACAAAACCCCGCAGUCAUCACGAAAGCUGAUCGUGUCUUUGGCUACAUCGUUCAAGCCCUCGACGCUGGCACUGUGCAGGGCCAAACGGCUGCCCGUGUCGCCCAGGCCGCCAAGCAGCUGGUGACGGCAACCAAUUUGAAUGCCGAAUCCAUCCUUGCUGGUGUGAACCCGGACAACCAGGAGCGCGUCCGCAAGUUCUUCCAGUAG